CCUGUUCAAAGGCCAAAAAGAGCAAGCCGAAAGUUAGAGAGCGCCUGUGGAAAAAAAAAAUCCUCUCCGCUCACUAGGUCUACUUAGAGGUUCGGAGGACGCGCGUCCUCUUGUUUUUCUUUUUCGGCGAUUCCUUGAAAGGUUGUAGAAGACUCCGAGGGGUUAAAAACGAGUUCCUUCAAGCGUGGGACUUGCUACUUUGGGAGGAAGAAACUGAGCUGUAGCAAUACUUACAGCAAAAAUGGCCAGUGGAACCGUAGUUGUCAUCCCUUCUAAUGGACCAAACGUAAUCCAAACGGCCCCUGGAUUGCCCGGUGUUGCUCUUCAGGCAUCCGGAGCAAUUCUAUAUCCUCAGUAUGGAGCUCAGCAACUUGGAAUUUCCACCAGUGCUCCUCAACAAGUCCUCCAAAAGGGUCCUAUGGAGAGAUUCCUCAGUGCUGAGGCCAAAGUGCUUGGGGCCAUCCAAAUCAUGAUUGGGUUGAUCCACAUUGGUUUUGGGGCUGUCUCGCUUUGUCUCAUUUCUUUUCAACGGUAUUACCUUAACUUGUCUGGAAUUGGAGGUUACCCCUUUUGGGGAGGGAUAAUUUUCAUUUCUUCUGGAUCACUAUGUGUAGUGGCUGCAAACCGUCCAAAUCGUGGUUUGGUACAAGCCAGUGUAGGAUUGAACAUCACAAGUGCUAUGAUGGCAUUAGUUGGUAUCAUGCUUUAUAUAUGCGAUCUGAUCCUCAGCGGUGCUUCUCUAUAUAACACUACAAGUAUAAUCAUUACUGUAAAGAAUGUCAGUUAUGGCUUCUCCAGUCUGCUACUCUUGUUCAGCCUGCUGGAAUUUUGCAUCGCUGUUUCACUUGCACACUUUGGGUGCCAGGCAACUUGCUGUUCUAAUGCCCAGCAAACUAUGCAUUUUGUGCCUUACCAAGUCAUUGGAGAUGGAGCAGGCACAGCUGAACCAAAUCCUCCUCCUCCUCCACCAACUUACGAGAACAUGAUUACCCAAUCUCAGUAAAACAAGAACCCCAGGAAGGAAAUAUGAGAAGUGUUGCAACAGAGGUUGCAGGAGAAGCAAUGGAUUACUUUGUUUUUUCCUCCAGCUUUAUUUAUUUUUCAAUUACAACCUUUAAACACCAAAUUAAAUGGUGGCAAGUUUUAAAAGUUCUUCUAUUUUGCUAAUAAUUAUAACAGUUCCCUAGAAGCAAGAAUUUGUGCUCUUAUUCUUUUCUUUGACAAAUCUGCAUAUAGAUGGAAAGUUGAACAACUAGCCUUGUAUGUGGUCAGAAUAGUCUUGAACUGUACAUAUUCAAAACUAGAAAUUAUAGUAGAUUUUAGGAGAAGCCCUCCUAUCAUCUCUUACAAUACUAGACAACACAAUAUCAACAGUAGAGACCUUCAAGUUUCUAGUUUCUAUAAUACCUGAGGACUUAAAAUGGACUCCUAACAUCAAGGUGGCGCAGCAGUUAGAGUGCAGUACUGCAGGCCACUUUAGCUGACUGUGUUCAGCAGGUCAGCGGUUCAAAUCUCACCGGCUCAAGGUUGACUCAGCCUUCCAUCCUUCCGGGGUAGGUAAA